AUGGACAGAAAGCAAGGUUCGACUGAUCGAGACGACGCAUCUCACAGCCCCAUGAAGCAGGAUGAGGAUGACAGCCCCCAGAGCAACAUUGGUGAUACGGUCACGGUGGCAGAUGAAGCCAAAGGGGAAGCACAUACCAAUUCGGAGGAAGAAGACCUCCAGGACCAUGCAGGACAAGAAACCCAGCUUCAGCGUGAGGAUGAAGCCGCCGAAAAGGAUUCAUCGACUGCAAUGCCGACCACAAGCACGCCGGCGGCAUCUGGUCUCAAUCAACAAAUGCCAGCGACAGCGGCCUCAGCUGGAGAUCCUGCCCUUCCAGAAUUCAUACGAUCGGGUCCUCAUCCGAGAUUGCCGCAGAACCACCCCAUACCGCAAGCCCCAAGGAUGAUUGGACGUGGGGAAGAUGCCGGUAGUAACCUGCUCGCGCUGUUUGGCAACGACAACCGCCCAAGAACGAGGUACCGCCUCCGAAUCCGCGAAGGCAGAGCGGGCAACGACGCCUGGAAACGAUACCGCCCGGCAAACGCGACGAUCCCAGCAGGACUGACGCUGGAGGACAUCUGCCGCCAAUAUCCAAACCAUGUUUGGGGCACAGGACUGCGGCUGUUCGAGGCUGAAGGCUGGAAAGCGAAGCGGAUUUGGGAUACACUCCCACCCGACGGCCGGAAUGAAGGAGCCGGUAUAAGACCAUGGAACUAUCUUCAGGCCAGAGUAGGUCGAGAAAAGAAGGCGCUGUAUGAAGAGCAGACAGGAAGGAAAUGGGAGGCGAAGCCCAAGAAGGCGGCGGCUCCUGCUGCCGCGUUCGCACCUCAAAUAGCAGCUCCUCCACCUGCAGCACAAGCAAAUCGCCCUCGACAAACAGAGGGACAACGGCUAGAACACCUCAUCAGGCAGGAGCAGGCCAGGAUUCUCUCGACCUUGGUCGACCUCAAUCGUGCGCGUGGCGUGGCUGAUCCUCGCACAGCGGCAGAGAGACAAUGGCAUGAUAGACACAGCCAGUUUACCACCCAGCUCAAUGCAGCUCUCGACAAUCAAGUACCUGGAAUGCAAUCCGCAUUCAAUCAAGACCCUGUCGACAUGCUGAGGAUGAUGUGGCAGUGGGACAAUGGCCAGAAUGGCAAUGAAUCGUGGGUAGAGUACGGGCUUCGGUCGAUUCGGGAGGCGCGGAGGUCUUAUAUCGGAAACAUGCAGCGUUGGGGGGUCCGGUGGGAACAGGAGCUGGCUCGCUUAACCGGCGGGCCCUCAGGUCAGCUCAUUGCUGAUCAAGACCAGGGUGGACAUGGAAGUGCUGCUCAUAGGGAUAUGGAUGACGACAAUCAAGAUGAAGUCAUGGAAGACGGCCAAUGA